AUGACAGAUGUUCCAGGGACACUCAGUCAGGCUGAGUGCAAUGGGGAUACACCACCUGAAAAUGGUCAACAACCAAUCACUAAAACAAAUGAGGGAUCCAGUGAUGUGGAUGGUACCUCACCAUACUACAGGGUAAAACCCCAUCUUGAAGACCUACCCACAGAAGGAAAUCAGGAGAAAAGUGAAAAAUUACAAGGGAAUAUGGUAGUUAACUGGUCCACUGAUGAGAAGAUUCUAAAAGAAAAACCAGAAGAGAAUCUUUUUCUUGUUCAUAAGGCUAUCACAGAUCUUUCUCUCCAAGAAGCAAGUGUUGAUGAAAUGACAUUCAGAGAAGGACAUCAAUGGGAGAAGAUUCCUUUGAGCAUCAGUAGCCAGGAAAUAAGUAGACAAAAGGAAAGGAUUGCUGAACAACCUCUAGAAGAGAAGGAAGAGGAGGAUGGGAAGAACAAAGCUCACCAGGCAACUGAAAUGGAAUGGUUGGGAUUUCGGAAACCUAGCCAAGUUGAUGUGUUGCAUUCUAAACAUGAGGAGGAGCAAGAGGUUUGGGAUGAAGAAAUUAAUAAUGAUGAUGAUGAUUGCAAUGAUGAUGAAGAUGAAGUUCGAGUAAUAGAAUUUAAGAAAAAAAAUGAAGAGGGUUCUCAAUUAAAAGAGGAAGUUGAUGCAAACGAGGACUCCCCACUGAGCAGCCCCAGUUCCCAACCUGUGACACCUGAGGAGCAGCCAACCUUCGGGAAGAAGAGUGAUAUCUCUAGAAAUGCUUAUUCAAGAUACAAUACAAUAUCCUAUCGGAAAAUCAGGAAGGGGAACACCAAGCAGAGAAUUGAUGAAUUCGAGUCUAUGAUGCACUUAUAA